AAAUGUGCACAAAAAAAAAAAAGAAAGAAUAAAAAAUCCAAAACGCGGCGAAGGUUGAGAAAGGAGAGAGAGAUGCAAUCCCAAGGAGUUUGGAGCACACUAUGGAGAAAAUACGCAGAUUAUAAGUACAACAAGUUCGAGAGGUUCGCUGUCUGGGAGAUGAUCGAGCCUUACCGUCGACCCAAAACCUUCACAGCUUUGAUUACUAUCUACGUCGCCGCCUUUUACACCGGCGUCAUCGGCGCAGCGGUUACGGAGCAGCUUUACAAGGAGAAGUUUUGGGAAGAGCACCCAGGCAAAACGGUGCCUCUGAUGAAGCCAUUAUUCUAUCGAGGACCAUGGAGGGUUUAUCGUGGUGAAGCUAUUGCUUCUGAUGCUAGCAGCAGCCAGUGAAGGUAACGAUCCAGAGACUAUGGGCGAAGGAUAUAUCUCCCAUCAUUAGUUGGUUUAUGCUGGUUCGCUGGUAUAUAUACAAAACAACUUUGCGUUCAGUAGAAUGCGUGUGUGUCAAGAGUUGUUUAAAUGUCUUCUAGGUUUCUAUGGAUUAAAGCUGGCUGCUGUAUUUUUCUUGUAGACAAUAAGGUUAAGAACAUGAUUCUUGAAACUCAUGUAAUGGCAGUCUCUGUUAUAACAUCAAACGUUUUGUUA